CCGACAACAUUGAGUAUAGAACAAAGCGAUGAGACAAAACGUGUCGUGAUAAUAAUGAACGGAGGUCCAUAAACUGGAGACCGCGAAUACUUGAGGUUAGGUUAAUCAUACUUGGUAUCACGCUCCAAAUGCUUGCGCAGUUUGAUCGUAAUUUUGCUCAAGUGCCUGGUUUUUCUAUCAGCUGAUGAAUUCAGAAUCGUUCUAUAGAACUGAAUAACUAAACGAUCGUCAAGGAGUUUCUAGUCUUUUGCCGACAAAGUAUAUUGAUAUGGCAGAUUUCGAGUUGAACGGAUUCAACAGUGAUCAAACUGAGAAGAUCCUGCAGUUUCAGGAUUUGACUGGCAUUGAAGACCUGUCAAUCUGUAGAGAUGUUUUGCAGAGGCAUAACUGGAACUUGGAGGUUGCAGUUCAGGAACAAUUAAAUUUGUACGAAGGAAGGCCAUCAAUGUAUGCACAAGAUUCAAGAUCACGACCACCACAAGUUGUUGAUGAUAGUAGUUCUAGAGUAUAUUAUCAUUAUUCUGGAAGUUCCAGUGGCAGGGGUAGUUACCUAUGGUAUAUCUUUGCACUAUGUUACGAAAGGGUGAUCAGUAUCUUACAGCUACUUCUUUCAAUAUUUAGGAGAAAUGUUAGACCUGUAUCCUCUGAUCCUGUGGAAGAUGUGAUCAGCUUCAUUCGAUCUUAUGAAGAACGUUAUGGUAGUAGUCAUCCUGUUUUUUAUCAAGGCUCAUACAGCCAAGCUCUUUCUGAUGCAAAACAAGAAUUAUGGUUCUUGUUGGUAUAUCUACAUAAAGAUGAAGCUCAAAAUAUUGAUGAGUGGUGCAGGGGUACAUUAGGUAAUCUAGAAGUUGUUCGAUACAUAAACACACGCACUUUAUUUUGGGCAUGUAAUGUACAAUCAGGUGAAGGUUACAAAGUAGCAGAAGCUCUUAAAUCUGGUUCUUAUCCUUUCCUAGCCGUUAUUGUUUUGAAAGACAACAGAAUGACAAUAGUCGGCCGGAUGGAAGGCACGCCAUCUCCCUCUGACUUAAUGUCUCGUUUGCAAACAAUUAUAAGUCACAACGAAAUUAAUUUAAUACGAGCUCGCCAAGAAAGAGCGGAACGUAGUGCUGCUCAAUCUUUGCGUCAACAGCAAGAUCAAGCAUACGAGGAAUCGUUACGUGCGGAUCAAGAAAAAGAUCGUAGAAGAGAAGAGGAACGAAGAGCACGAGAAGAGCAAGAGGCUAAGAAAAAGGAACAAUUGAAUGCAAAAGAAAUGGAAAUUCAACGCAUUCGUCGUGAGAAAGAACUCACUAUUUGUAAAGUACCUCAUGAACCAGAGCCUAGUAAUCCUAAUGCUUGUCAUCUUCAAAUUAAACUGGGUGAAAGGACAAUGAAAAGGCGUUUCCUAAUGUCUGAUACGUUAGAGGAUGUGUAUCAUUGGAUAUUUAGUCAGCCGGAUUCUCCAGUAAGUUUCGAAAUAACCACCAGUUUUCCGAAAAGAAUUCUAUAUCCGUGUAGAGAAAUCUUAACAUUAUCGGAUGCCGGAUUAACACACAGAGAAGUUCUUCAUAUUAAUGAUUUAGAUGAUUAA